AUGGAUUAGAUUGAAUAUGUUAAUCUUGAAAAAAAGACAUAGAAAAAUAAAAAUAAUUAAAGAGGAAGAUAAAAUAAUAGACAAAACAAAAAUGAUAGAAAUAGAAGAAAAUAAAGAGAUAAUCAACCAUUUAAGAAUUAAAGAAAAUAAUGGAGAAAUAAUAAGGAUUAAUAAAGAUAAAAAGUAUAUUAUUUAUUUUAAUCUUUAAGCGUCCAUUUUAAUCUGAGAAGAAAAUAGUGGCAACAGGUUAAAAGAGAAGACAAUUAUAAUAAAGAAAAUUUACUUAAAGACCUAAAGCCCCUAGAAAUAGUUAACCAAAUGUCAUUAUAAAAGGAUUGGAUCCAAAAAUGACAGAAGCAGGUUUAUAAGUAUAAAAAUCAAUUAUUUUUUUAGGAAGCUUGUAAAGAUUUUGGCCCAAUGAAUAUGUGCAAAUUAGAUAGAGAUAACUUUGGAUAAGUUAAGGUAUUAUACAUUAUUAAUUAUUAAACAGCCAGAAGGAAUAGGUUUAGUUAGGUUUACUAGAGUAGAAGAUGCUAAGGCAUGUGUUGAAAAGUUAGAUGGUGUUACUGUGUAAAUCAUUGGAGAAAAUAACAAUGUAAAUAAUUUAAAUAUAUAAUAGGAAAAAGUAAUAUCGGCAACGUUUGUUGAUGAUUAAGAAUAAGAAGGGAAUAAUAGAAAUAGAGGUGUAUUGAAUAUUACUAAGAGACCAAUAACAAAAAGGUAUUGAUUCAAUAAAAUUAAAAUAGAAAUUGGAGAAGAUGAAUUUGAAUAAACACAAAUAUGUUAUUUUAAACAAUUCAAAAAUCAAUCAUUUAGAUUUAUUAAAAAUAAGUCAUAAUUAUGGAUAAAUCCUGAAAAAAAAUGUAUAAUUUAAGGAAAUAUAUAUAUACUCCCAAAAUUAUCUGGAAGUUAAGACUUAUUUCUAUAUAUUCAAGGCCUAUUCAUAAAUCUAAUCUCUCACAUUGUCCUGGUUUCAAAUACUUUUUCUUAAAAAUCAAUUAUUAAAUGGCC